AUGGAGGAUGAUUUAUUCCAGCUGAGACAGCUGCCGGUGGUCAAGUUUCGCCGCACUGGGGAAAGUUCAAGGUCAGAAGAGGAUGCCAUUUCAGGAGAACAUGAAAUUCAGAUUGAGGGUGUUCGGACAGAGCUAGAGGCUGUCGAGCUAGAGGAUGGAGCUGCAGUGCCAAAAGAAUUUGCCAACCCAACUGAUGAUACUUUCAUGGUGGAAGAUGCGGUGGAAGCCAUUGGAUUUGGAAAGUUCCAGUGGAAGCUCUCUGUUAUUACUGGAUUAGCAUGGAUGGCAGAUGCUAUGGAAAUGAUGAUUUUAAGUAUCCUAGCUCCUCAGCUUCAUUGUGAGUGGCGAUUACCAAGCUGGCAGGUUGCAUUGCUCACAUCGGUGGUGUUUGUGGGAAUGAUGUCCAGUUCCACCCUCUGGGGAAACAUUUCAGAUCAGUAUGGAAGGAAAACAGGGCUAAAGAUCAGUGUGUUAUGGACGCUCUAUUAUGGGAUCCUCAGUGGUUUUGCACCGGUGUACAGCUGGAUCUUGGUGCUGAGGGGCCUGGUGGGCUUUGGCAUUGGAGGAGUGCCUCAGUCGGUAACCUUAUAUGCUGAAUUCCUUCCAAUGAAAGCCAGAGCAAAAUGCAUUUUGUUAAUAGAGGUCUUCUGGGCUAUUGGGACCGUGUUUGAAGUCCUCCUAGCAGUGUUGGUGAUGCCCACUCUUGGAUGGCGGUGGCUUCUCAUUCUUUCUGCCCUUCCUCUUUUGCUCUUCGCUGUCCUGUGUUUUUGGCUGCCAGAAAGUGCCAGGUAUGAUGUAUUAUCUGGAAAUCAAGAAAAAGCAAUUGCCACUUUAAAGCGGAUAGCAACAGAAAAUGGAGCUCCAAUGCCCUUGGGAAAAUUAAUUAUUUCCAGACAGGAAGACCGAGGAAAAAUGAGGGACCUUUUUACACCACAUUUUAGAUGGACCACGUUGUUACUCUGGUUUAUAUGGUUUUCCAAUGCUUUUUCAUAUUAUGGGUUAGUUUUAUUAACUACAGAGUUCUUCCAAGCAGGAGACGUGUGCAGCAUUUCCAGUAGAAGGAAAGAAGUUAAAGCAAAGUGCAGCCUGAGCUGUGAGUAUCUGACAGAGGAAGACUACACUGAUCUGCUCUGGACAACUCUGUCAGAAUUCCCUGGUGUGUUAGUAACACUGUGGAUUAUUGAUCGGAUAGGCCGCAAGAAAACCAUGGCCCUGUCCUUUUUUGUCUUCUCGUUUUGCAGUCUUUUGCUGUUCCUCUGUGUUGGAAGAAAUGUUCUUACUGUGCUGCUCUUCAUUGCAAGAGCUUUUAUUUCAGGAGGAUUUCAGGCUGCUUAUGUUUACACUCCUGAGGUUUAUCCAACAGCCACGCGUGCUUUGGGGCUGGGAACGUGCAGUGGAAUGGCCAGAGUGGGAGCCCUCAUAACCCCGUUCAUUGCACAGGUGAUGUUGGAAUCUUCAGUCUAUUUAACACUGGUGGUGUACAGUGGAUGUUGCCUGCUGGCCGCUGUGGCUUCGUGCUUCUUGCCCAUUGAAACAAAAGGCCGUGGACUGCAGGAGUCCAGCCACAGAGAAUGGGGACAGGAGAUGGUUGGGAGAGGAUCUCAUUCCCCGGGAGUCACCAGGUCAAACUCUGGAUCACAGGAAUGAUGGGACAUGAAAUCCUGAGGAAAGAAUGGAUGAUAUGAUCAAGAUAUGUUUCACAAAAGUCCAAGCCUGAAGCAUAGAAAGCAGACCAUACUGUCACUGCCAAUGUCAUGUGUCAAACUGCAGGAACUUUUGGGUUGAGCCUAAGCAAAUUGCAUCUCUACUGCUCCUUGCUCACACUCAU